GAAGCUAAAUACACAUCCUUACCACCGCGAUAAAUCGCGCUUUACAUCCGGUGAGCAAUCAUUGUGAAAGAGCACUGGAUACAGUAGUAAGACAAAAGUCCAGGUCCAACAACGGGUUCAGUCAAGUCUGAGGAGCAGUGGUCAUAUACUUCAAAAUAAAUGUAAUAUCUAGGUACGUUUCACGACAAAAGAGUGCUCGCUGAAUGACUUAGACACAAUCUCAAGUGUUGAAGAUCAAUAUCACCUAUGCGUCGCUAAAGAGUCCUUCUAUCUGAGUGUCUGCAACUUCAGCCAACGAUUUCGCAGCGCAACAAUUUGAUCAGUGCUCUCGUUGUGUUGGAGGUCGGAAACUAAUACCCUGAGUGAUAUAUGGAUGUCUGAACGUGAAAAAUUAUAAGGUUAAUCGAAGAUAUGAAUGCAACACUCAAUACCCAGGAGACUGUAAACAGCAGUGAUGCGAUUCGUGAAGACGGAGGGCCAAUAUUGGCGGUUGUGGGAAUGUUGUCUUUCUUCAGUGUCAUUGGGACAAUAGGCAAUGCUUUGGUUCUCUAUGUCUACACAAGAAAACGCAACAAACUUGCUGCAACAGUUUUUAUCAUUUCGCUUGCAACUACCGAUUUAACAACAUGUAUUGUCGUCAUGCCAUAUACCAUAGUCAUCGAAUACCUGACGUACUACGUGAAAUACGAUAUAUUCUGCAAAAUGUAUAUGUUUUUCAUUACUUCCAACGUUCCUUUUGCCGCAUUUAUUAUGGUCGGCAUUGCGUUUGAUAGAUACUUCUGCAUUGUACAUCCAUUUAAGCAUCUUAUGAAUGCACACAGGGCUAAAAUUAUUACAGCAUCUAUGGCGGUCCUUGCCUUUUCGCUUGGGAUUAUAACAGCGUUGAACUACAGUGUUUACGACAUUCAAGACUGUGAUGAAGGUAAUAAUACAACCUGCGUAAAAUACACGGGUGUUUGUAAACCUUCGGAAAUCUUACUUCCACAUCUAUUCACACUGCAUUAUCAAAAACUUUACACAGCGCUGUUUUUCUUGGCGCUUGUUGUAGUUAUCAUAUUGUACGGACUGAUAUACAGAUCCGUUUUGAUCCGGCGAGCCAAACGAAGACGUCAGAGAAGAUCAACUUGUUCUUUACCUCUUACCAAGGAGUCCUGGUUUUCCGAUUACAGAUCUUCGAUGAUGUCCAGUUUACGGAAAGAUUCGGACGAGAAAACAGAAAAGAACAACAUUGAAACUGAGCUCCUUCGACAGCUUACCAUUCGUGAAAGGGGACUUGUUGCCAAUAUUAAGACAGCAUUGAUGUUAUUUGUUGUAACCGCAGUGUUCAUCUUAGUUUUCUUACCAGCUUGGUUAAUGGCACACCAAAUUAUUGAGUAUAACCGAGUGAUAUUUUACAUGUACUUUGCAUAUAAUGUAGCCAAUCCUAUAAUUUAUGCAUUUAUGAACAAGGCGUUUAGACGCCAGUUAAAAAUUGUGUUCAAAUGCAUGUAAUUCCUAAUCUAUACACCAAAUUAAAUGUACCAACGCUAACCCUAU